AUGAACUCUGCUGAUUACACUCCUGAUGAGGACUUCAGAGUGGACCCAGCGCUGGUGGGUAUGAGGAGCAAACCCCGCUUCUCCCACACCGAGGUCAAGGUUCUGCUGCUGGCCAUCAAGAAACACCGCUACAUUCUGCUGCGGAAGUUCAACCAGGGCGUCUCCGCCGACGCCAAGAAGAUGAUCUGGUGUCGAAUCACGGAUCAGAUCAACAGCCUCGGGGAGAACCAGCGGGAGGUUCGGCAGAUCAUGAAGAAAUGGGCCGACCUGAAGUUUGAUGCAAAACGCCGCAUGACGGGACCCAACAGGAAGAACUUCAGGAGGAAACACCUCGGACCCAUCGAGAGAGCGGUCCACAAGAUCCUCACCCUGAGCCCCAACCCAGAUGGGGACAGUGACGCUGACCUGGACCAGGACCGCUGCUUCGCCAGUAUCUCUCUGCCCGACGACUUCAGUCUGUCGUCCACCAGCGUCAACUCCUACAGCGAGGCCUUCAGCUCCGAUCGCACGGCAGACGACAUGAGCUGCGAGUCUCCGGAGUACGGCCUGGACUUUGAGGAGGAGGAGGACGAUGACCAGGGCUUCCUGACGGAGCCGGACGACUUCCUGCGCUCCAAACCCACCUACACCUACUCCCGACAGGAGAGCAGCUCCAGCCAGCCGGCCCCUGCCCCCCAGCGGAGCCCGGAGCCCCCACAGCGGCCUGAGCCAGAGCCAGGGCAGUCGCAGCCGCCACAGGACCUGUCCCCUGUGGCCGUGUGCGUGCAGCAGCAGAGGCAGGCGCGCACCCUCCUGGCCUCCGUGGGGCGCUCUGUAGAGACUCUGGCCCGGUCUCUGCAGCAGCUGAAGGAGCGACAGCAGCUCUUCACACAGGAGUCUCUGCAGCUGCAGCGGCAGACGGUCGACACGCUCCGGGACUUCUCCAGCACCGCCCUGGCCAUGCUGCGCACCACGCCCCGCCCCAAGCAUCACACAUACACGCGCAAGUGA